AUGAAUACUGAUCAACAAUUAACCCUGAAACUAUAUCAUCAGGAUUUGAGUACAGACUUCAUUGCCACUUUUUUAUAUGCUAAGUGUGUUGCUAGUGAAAGAUUAGAGUUAUGGGAUAGCUUGUAUCACUUGGAAAGCUCUAUGGAGUUGCCCUGGAUGGUAGGAGGUGAUUUCAAUAUUAUUUUGUCUGAGAAAGAAAAGUUAGGUGGACUGCCAGUUACUUGGAAUGAGAGUGAAGAUUUUGCUUUUUGUAUAAAAUCUUGUGAAUUAUUUGAUGUGGGAUUUAAAGGUAGUCUAUUUACUUGGUGGAAUGGUAGAUCAGCUGCAGAUUGCAUUUUUAAGAGAGUUGAUAGAGUGGUAGUGAAUCAGCAGUUUCAGAAUUUGUUUGCAAACAUAGAGGUGGAACAUCUAUCCAGAACAGGGUCAGAUCACACUCCUCUAUUAUUGUCUUGUGGAGAUGAAAUUGUUACUUUCACCAGACCUUUUAGGUUUCUUAACUUUUGGAUUAAUCAUGAUUCUUUCAAAGAGCUUAUUACACAAAAUUGGAGCACAGAAGGCACUGGAUCCCCAUACUUGAAGUUUAAAUUGAAAUUAAAGAAGCUUAAGAGGGUAUUAUCACAAUGGAGUAGAGAUACUUUUGGGGACAUUUUCCAACAACUUGCACUAAGAGAGCAAGUAAUAAAGAUAAAAGAGGCAUUAUUUGAAGAGGAUCCUAGUGUGGUGAACAGAAUUGUCAUUCAGAAGGCUCAAGCUGAAGUGAAGCAAUAUCUUCAUAUUGAGGAACAAUAUUGGAAGCAAAAUGCAGGAAGUCAAGAAAAGGCUGUUUUUGGCCUUAGUGGGGAUAGUGCUAGUGGGCCUGAUGGAUUUACAGGUUUGUUUUAUCAACAUUGUUGGGAGAUUAUUGGGAAUGAUGUGCAUCAGGUGAUCCUAUCCUUUUUUGAUGGGAACGAACUUCCUAAAGCUAUCACUCACACUAAUCUUGUUCUUAUUCCUAAGAAGCAUCAUGUGCAAUCUUUUUCUGAUUUGAGACCUAUUAGCCUAUCCAAUUUUAUCAAUAAGAUUAUUUCAAGGGUGGUUCAUGGUAGAACGGAAAAAUUGAUUCCAUAUUUGAUUUCCUCUAAUCAAUCUGGUUUUGUAAAAGGUAGAAGCAACUUUAAGAAUAUCGUUCUUACUCAGGAAAUUGUUUCUGAUAUCAGAAUUAGGGGUAAACCUGCUAAUGUUAUUAUUAAGUUGGAUAUGGCCAAGGCCUAUGACAAAGUUUCAUGGAAAUAUCGGUUACAUAGGGGUCAAGCAAGGGGACCCUUGUCCCCAACAUUAUUUCUACUUGCAGCUGAGAUUUUAUCUAGAGCUUUAAAUUCCUUAUUUGAUGAUCAGAAGUACAUUGGGUAUGGAAUGCCAAAAUGGUCUAAUCCUUUUAACCAUCUGGCAUAUGCUGAUGAUACUAUCAUAUUUGCAUCAGCUUACCCUGAGUCUUUAAGGAGAGUGAUGAAAGUUUUGAAAGAUUAUGAGCAGAUCUCUGGUCAACUGAUAAACAAUGAUAAGAGUUCCUUCUAUUUACAUUCCAAGGUGGGUAAUGGGAUCAGUCAAUCAGUUAGGGAUAUCACUGGUUUCUCAAAGGGUCAGUUUCCUUUAACUUAUCUUGGAUGUCCUAUUUUUCACACUAGAAAAAGGAAAGAUUUCUAUUCUGGUCUGAUUAAGAGAGUUAAAGAAAGACUGCAUUCUUGGAAAGGUAAAUUGCUGUCUUUUGGAGGUAAAUCAGUUCUUAUUAAGAGUGUAUUACAAACCAUGCCAGUGCACUUACUAUCAGUUCUGGUUCCUCCAAAAUGUGUGUUGAAUGAGCUUCAUAAGAUUUUUGCUAGAUUUUUUUGGAGCAACAAGGAAGGGGGCAGAAGCAGGCACUGGAUAGCUUGGAAGGAUUUAUGUCUUCCAACUAAAGAAGGUGGUUUGGGUUUUAAGUCUCUAUUUGAUGUAUCUAAUGCUCUUUUUGCAAAACUUUGGUGGAGAUUUAGAACUACAAAUUCCCUAUGGGCUAAUUACAUGUGGAAUAAGUAUUGUAAGAAGAAGCCUCCUAACUUAGUUCAGUGGAAAGGUGGUUCUCAGGUGCGGAAAAAAAUGCUUGUAGCUACAGAAGAGAUAGAGAAUGAGAUUUGGUGGGAAAUAAAAGCAGGAACUACUAAUAUUUGGCAUGAAAACUGGACAAAGUUGGGUGCCUUAUAUCAUGUGGUUCCAGAUAGUUUUCUUGUUAAUGAGAACCUAACUGAUGUAUCAGAAUUAAUAGAGGAUGGGAAGUGGAAUGAUUCUCUUCUACAACUAUCAUUUUCUAAUGAGAUUGUGGAUCAUAUUAAGGAGGAUAUUCAUGUUGAGCAGCUACAAGGAAAUUGGGAUAGACCAUGGUGGAUGCCUACUCCUAAUGGAAAUUUUAUAGUAAAUAGUGCUUGGAACAUCUUGAGAAAUAGAGGAGAGAAACAUGAGGAUUUUGAUCAUUUGUGGAUUCAAGGAAUACCUUUUAAGGUUUCUUUUUUGAUUUGGAGGUUGUGGAAACACAUAAUCUCUACAGAUGAUAACUUAAGAAGAAUUAGGAUUCCUAUUGUCUCUAGAUGUUAUUGUUGUGAGUCUCAUCGUAUAGAAACUAUGCAACAUCUAUUUCUUGGUAGCAGGUUUGCAAGAGGGAUAUGGGAAGUAUUUUUGCAGGCAGCAGGAUUACAAGUGAAUAUGGUUCAACUUCAUCAAGUAAUUAAACACUGUUGGAGGGCAAAAUGUGGAGAAAAAUUGAAACCUAUUGUGCAAGCAAUUCCUGCUAUGAUUAUUUGGGAAUUAUGGAAGAGAAGAAAUACUAUAGGACAUAGAGGAAGGGUCAGUUUUAGAAAGGUGGUACAUGAAGUGAAUAAUAGUUUAUUUUAUUUGACAAAAAUAAGAUAUCCUUGGCUAAACAGUAUCCCUUUUCUAUGGCCGGAAAUAGUAGCAAUGCUAGACAACUAUAACCCUAGGAUUAUAACCAAGGUUAUGUAUUGGAAGCUUCCUCCUGAUAGAUGGUUCAAAUGUAAUACUGAUGGGGCAACAAGGGGCAAUCCUGGUGAUAGUUCUUAUGGAUUUUGUGUUAGAAACUGGCUAGGGGAUCUACUUUAUGCUCAAAGUGAAACAAUUGGAGAGUCCACAAAUGUGAUAGCUGAAGCAAAGGCAAUUCUUGAAGGGAUAAAGUAUAGUAUUGAUAUGCAGUUGCUUCCUUUGAUUGUGGAGACUGAUUCUUUGCUACUUAAAAAUAUGGUGGAGGGAGAGUGGAAGGUUCCCUGGGGCAUUAUAUCAUAUGUUGAGAGAAUUAAGAGAUUGAAAGAGAUGUAUGAGGUGAAAAUUCAACAUGUGUACAGGGAAGGUACUCUAAAGAUUCAUUCAUUUUCUGAACUACCUAGUGCAGGGAGAAAACUUCUAAACCUGGACAAACAUGAAUUGCCUAAUCUAAGGAUAAGUAUUGACAUUGCUUCAGUGUGUGGUAUUAGCUUUGCUCAUCCUAUUGAAGUGAUAUCAAUAUCAGAUGAACACAUACGAGUGCAUCUCUUUGCCUCCUUCAUGGAGAUAUUCAUCGAGGAGGAUAACCAGGCUGCCGAAAAGAAAUCGCGUGGAAACUCAACGAUUAUGGGAGCAAACUUCAUUGAGGAAGCUGCUCCACAUAAUAAGAAAAGAAAGAAGUCGUCUGGGCAAAGAAAAAAGCAGAACAAGAAAAAAUUCAAAGGCAACUGCUAUAAUUGUGGGAAAGCUAGACAUAAGGCUCCAGAUUAUUAG